AUAUGUGUCAAGAUAGGAAAGCUGUUCGAAGAGGAUUCUUACGUUCAAGAACCAAGUAGGAUGCCGCUGAACAAAAUGUGCCCUCUCCUAUGAAGACAUUGUUAAUCGCGUGUGCCAAGAGGCUUUUAUAACUCAUCAUUCCCCCUAAAUGUAAUCACCAGAUUUCUUUUGGUGUUUUGAAGUGAACGGCAUAUACCGAAAUCAACUUCUACAUUUGCGUUCUGUAAUAACAGACUCUACUUGGACACUAGAUUGUAUUCAUCUGCUAAGCCGUAGAAAUGUCGGACGAUAUUAAAAGCAGCUUCGGAGUGGAGCUGGAACUCCUGAUAGGCGUCAGAAAGCCAGGUCGAAGGAUGCGUACUCCCCGAAUGUUUCAAUUAUCCAAGGGCUGGCCAAUCGAACCCAAGCCGGGGGGCGGAUCAAGCGCAACAUUCGUUCAAAACCUAGUGCAGCAAGUCAUUGAUACCGCUGUUCAAGGACAUGAGGGGGAUCGCGUUAUAACCAAGGACGACCAAUUAGAUGGUGUAGAUGGAAGUCAUCUGAAACCGUAUACGGCUUGGAGUGUUGGGAGAGAUCUCAGCGUUCAGCCAACUAGCGAGGAAAAGGAUAUGAAUGGGUUUCUAUGGCAGGAUCUUGAAGUCAGAUCGCCGGCACUCUUUGCUACGGAAGGGUCUUUCGCCGAGGUUCAUCAUAUCGUCACAAUUCUUUAUAACAAUUUCUGGAUAUAUGCUCCAGAGACCGCAGGCUUGCAUAUCCACUAUGGAAGAGGCAAGGAGUGGAUACCCGUCCGUCAUCUGCGCCGAAUAGCUGCUUUUCUUUUCGAUGCUGACCCUAUUUUGACGCAGAUGCAUCCUCCUCAUCGUCGAGAGCGAGGCUAUCGAGAUCACUGCCCAAGUAAUCGAUACUAUAGCGUCUUAGCACACGGUAUAUCAGCAGCACAGGUGAGUACAAACCUUAGGUUAAUUCUUGACGAAGGAAAUUAUGAGGAGGUCCCGGCCGAAGAUUCAUCUGGGUCUAAACCCGAGAAAAAGGAGAGUCUUAAAUUUACCACUAUUUUUAAACGAGGCACCCUCCAAAGCUAUUCUUUUGAUAGGAGGUACUUCACGGAAGGUAACGUCGGGCGGGCACAAGGGGAAUAUCUGCCAGGACGUCGGAUGGAUAAGCCAAUAGACAUCGUAACUGGGGCGCGGGAGCUCUUAUCAGCCCCAAAUGCCCUAGUAGUAUCCGCUUUGAUGAAGAACCCAGUACACUCCCGUAGUGCCUAUAAUUUCAUGGCCUACAGCCCGGAAGGGUACGGUGCGGUGCAGCUGUUCGGAGCCACGCGCCCUCCAGCAAUAGAGCGUAAGCGGACCAUUGAAUUCCGGCAAGCGGCAGGUACAGUUGAUGCCGACGAAGCCGUAGCACACACGAGAAUUGCUGUGCGUUUAGCUGAAUUCGCGUGUGAGGUUGAUAUGAAUUCUCUGUGGAGGGUAAUAUUGGAACUUGCAGAAGCUGAGGUAGACCCGAAAUGGUAUAACAUCUUUGACCUGCUUUUUGAUCUGGGUCUAGGUAAGGAAGCGCGGGUUAUUCAGAGACAGAUGGCCAAGCAUCGAGGGAUAAGAAUUAUAAAUGAAGACCUCGGCACGUUUGAAGAAUCACCAGUGACCCCCUCUCGUUGGAGUAGGUUUACGUCUUGGUUGUCUCCUCCGACAUCACCCGUACCAGCACAAGAUCAGCUGAAGAAUCCCAAGACAAAAGCUGCUGAUUCGGUGGAGUCAGUCGAAGGCUUUAGGAGUAGUAUUUUCCCUCUCUAUCGUUAAGGGAGGUACCAUAAACAGCCAAAACUUGCUAAGGUGAAAUCGACAAAGCUCUUAGGGAGACUUGAGAUGUCGAUCAAAUAAAUCUAAGGCAAGUUACUACUCAAAUUCGAAGAAUGUGAAAAAAAAAGAAUUGACAAUAUCUUAGACUAAUAUUAAUUGUGGCUAUGUUGUUAUUGACCAGUCGUUUAGCACAAAGAGAUUGAGAAUUCUUCCAAUGUCUUCCAACAACUUGAUGCGCUAGAAGGUGAGUCAAUAAACGAAUCCCACAAAGGGGAGAAAGGAAAUCCGAUA